AUGCCUUGUUGGUAUUAUGAUAAAAAAGAAUUAAGGAAUACUCCAUCAAUUCAAGAUGAUAUUGAUUAUGAAACUGAGUGUCGGUAUAGAAAAGAAGGUGCGAGAUUUAUUAUCAGAACAGGCACCAAAAUGGAUUUAGGAUAUAAUACUAUGGCAACUGGAGUUGUCUAUUUUCAUCGUUUUUAUAUGUUUCAUUCUUUUAAAAAUUUUCCAAGGUAUGUUACUGCCUGUUGUUGCCUUUUCUUAGCUGGUAAAGUUGAAGAAACUCCAAAAAAAUGUAAAGAUAUUAUUAAAAUAGCAAGAAGUUUACUGACGGAUGCUAAGUUUCAACAAUUUGGUGAUGAUCCCAAAGAAGAAGUUAUGACAUUAGAAAGAAUUUUAUUGCAAACUAUAAAAUUUGACCUCCAAGUUGAACAUCCAUAUCAAUUUCUUUUGAAGUAUGCAAAGUGCCUUAAAGGGGAUAAAACAAAACUUCAAAAAAUGGUUCAGAUGGCUUGGACUUUUGUAAAUGAUAGUUUAUGUACUACAUUAAGUCUUCAAUGGGAACCUGAAGUCAUUGCUGUGGCACUUAUGUAUUUGGCUGGAAAACUAAGUAAAUUUGAAGUUGUAGACUGGGUAGGAAGAACUCCGAAACAUUUGUUUUGGUGGGAUAUGUUUGUUGAAGAUGUUACAAUGAACUUGUUGGAAGAUAUUUGCCAUCAGGUAUUAGAUCUAUAUUCAGCUCCAGAGCAAACUGCGGCUCCAGAUUCUCCUCCGUUGGUUCGUACAACAGCACUUAAAAAGGAAAGAGUGCUACCCAUACCAACUGUAGUUUCACCAAGCAUUUCUCAACUGACUCCAUCUCCCUUGGGUAAAGGUGCUAAACCAUUGAAUGAUACCAAAUUGCCUAUUCAAGAAAAACCAUUAAUCAUCAAUGAAAAUAGCAGCAGUUCUCAACAUUAUUCAUACCAAACUACUUUCAACAAUGCACCACCACCACCUCCACCUCCACCUGCUUCAGUUUAUCCACCUUUUACUACAGGUGGACCGCCAGGGCCAGUGCCGAAUGCAGUUACUGCUCCUCCUCCGCCCCCAGUAACUGCAUUUCCAGCUGCAUAUCCUCCCCCUUCUUACCCUCCACCAUCCACAAAUCAGCCUCCUCCUCCUCCUCCUGCUUAUUAUCCUAGACAACCCCCGGCAUACUUUCCUAAUUAA